UGGUAGGAAGUGUGGUCAGCUGGUGUCGGAUGGCACAACUGAGUAUAUACGCGCACAUAUGUACACGCUCGGGAAAUGUGUGGGCUGUUUGGUCGGCGAUUACACACAUAUGGUUAACUUAACAAAGAUAUAUCGAAAGUGUUUUUCUUACACAGUUCGGCCGCAGUGACGUGAUACUUUAAUCUCCGCCAGUUUAAGUCGUCACGAGAACUCUGUGGAUGGAAGGUGCCAGGGCAUGAACGUAAGAGAUUAUACAAUCUGCCCAAUUUAAGGUUUUUCAGCUUCACUUGGUGAGUGUUUGGACAGUGACCGUAGAAGUGGUAAAACAAACACCAAACUCCCCAACAACACAAUGCCAGCAAUGGUUGCUAUACCGCCAGAGAAACCACCACUUCAGAAGAAAAUGGACUCAGCUGUUCUUUAUAUGGCAGAUGUCACAGACCAACAGGUUGAAAACAAUUACAGUCGUUGGCAAGUCAAACGGGCCAAGAUUUGCGCAUGUACUGUUGUCCUGACGACGCUGAUCCUAGUGGCCGGCACGCUGGGUGCUAUUACUAUCGUGCUGCAGGCGCAACAACACAGUACUGAUAAAGCAGCCCUUACCCAUGCAGUCCCCAAGGAGCCGCUACACAGUGGUCCUAACUCCCCUCAGAGAGGGCCCUACCCCAACCCACCGAUUAAGAUCGACAACGGUGGACUCUGGCCGGCUCCCAAGAACCCCGUGACUCAGACUCCUGACCUGGUGGCUGUGGACGGCGAGGGAACGGUCCUCAUGUCGUUGUCCCCAAAACCAGACAGAGAUGGGACCAUCAGCGACUCCUUGCCAGACGAGUAUCCAGUAUUAAUAUCCGAUUCAUCACACUUUUCCUCCUCUGAUCCAAUACCGUAUCAUGAGCGAUCCUAUGUGCGGAGGACCUAUAUUAGUUCCUCCUUCCCCUACGACGGUUACUACGCUCGAGGUGGUGUUGGCGUUCCCUCUCCUUCAAUUUCAGGUGACAGUGAUCUGGAGGGUUCUGCUAAAUCUGCCGCCUACGAAAUAAACGACAUUCCUGUGGGGUCCCAUAACAGUUUGCAGCAAGACAUUAACAUUGACUCUGGUCCGGGACCUGACGUCUUCAGUGUCAGUGACGAUUAUAGUGAGAGCUAUCCAUAUAUACGAAUCUGAAUAUUAAACUUAAUGUAUUGUCUCUAUGGCUGAUUCACCCAUCUUGUUUUGUUCAUCAAAACAUCGAAUCUUGUCUCAGUAUUUUCUCAUUGCAUGGAAAUGAGGGUAUUCUAGUUCUGGUCCUUGAUCAUGUCUUGCUACCAAUGCGCUUUUAGUGGUUCAGAGAGCCGUUUUCAGAGAGUUUCUGGCCGAUCGAGGAUUCGCUGUACAAAUUGACGCCACAUAGUUCGCCAAUCUGUUGCCAUUUUUUCUCCAGUUGUCAAAGGUUGUCUUUUGCUUUGUAACAAUAUCAUGCACUUGAGAUAUAAAUUACAUUUAUUGACACGUUCUCUGUUUACAUUUAAUGUAGAAUAUUACACUAAUCAUUUUAUAUGGGAUUGAUACAGUUAAAUGACGUCCGUGGAUGAGAUAAAAAUGACUAACUUUCUUACAGGCACUGACUCAUUUCUCUUUUCACCAUUAUUAGAAGUUUUAAACAACGGUCUUAUAUGAUGGCACUAAAAUCGCAUAAGUCCAUUCUCUUGAUUUCAAACAAAUCCUACACGCAUCGCUUUUUGGAAAUUUUGUGAGUUUCAAACCCUUUCACGAUUCACAUUCUUCGCACUUUUAUGGCGCUGAAAUGUAAACAAAAUGUGGUCACAAUGCUUCAAUUGAUUAAGAACUACACACUCUACAGUAAACAUUUUUCUUGAAAUUUUCUACUCAUCUGUAUGCGACUUCCGUUUUGGCAAUGCUUCUCAUCUGCGAGUGUACUCUUCUAAUAAAGAGAAAUAAGAAAACGAAACUGUCUUACAAUAAAGCUCGUAAACGUGUAUAAUCAUCCAGCUGUGUAGUCUAGUGACGUAAUAAUGACAUAGAAGUGAUAA